CUUUAGCUAAAGCAUUUUUUUCAGCAACUGCAUCACCGCAUCACCGCAUCACUGUAUUUGUCCAAUGGCAGACCAACAGCAGAAUGGUUUGGACUUGUCGUUUAUGAAGGAAUUUGAGGCUAUCAGUCGCGGGCCUCCAAAUCAGACGUUGCGUCGUCUCAAUGACGAAAUGCAGAAACUCAUGGGCUAUUUCCAACCUGCAGAUAGAAAGGCAAAGUGGCAGCUUUAUUUGGAAGCACGAAAUGAAAGCGCUCGCCUAAAGGUUACAAUUGAUCAGAAGCAGAGCGAAAUAAGAGAAUAUCAAGAUGAAUUGAGGGAAGCGGAACAACGGCGCACCGCUGUGUCUCAAAAACUCAAAGUGAACGAACUGACCGCGAAACGCUUGGAAGAAACGUUGACCAAAGAAGAGGUCUUGACUAAUGAAGCCCGUCUAUCUCUGGCCUCCUGUCAACAAGCCUUAGCCAGAGAGAAGGACAAGUACGAGCAAGCUGAAUGGCGGAAGGCUGAAUUGAUGCAGCAACUGGAUGAGACUAAACGAGAAUUGGGUGGUAAAGUUCACCAAGUUGCUGAGAGAGUGAAGGAGCAAAGUACCGAGCAUUGCCAGAUGAUAAUGCAGCUAAACACUAUGCAGCAGGAAAUGGAGCUGAAGAACGACUUACAACAGAGGCAGGCUAUGGCAUUGGAAACUUUUGGUCUUCCCUACUACGAUCUUAUCUAG